AUGGCGACUGAAGAGGUCAGCAAGCCUCCAGCACUCCCUCCAUAUCCACAGAUGAUUAUGGAAGCCCUGGAUUCAUUGAAACAAAAGGAAGGAGCAAACAAGUCAUCGAUAUCAAAAUACAUAGAAUCCAAAUAUGGAGACUUGCCUGCUGGGCAUGCAAACUUGCUAUCAGCUCAUUUGACUACAAUGAAAGACAGUGGGGAGCUUUUAUUCGUCAAGAACAACUACCUUAGGCCUGGGCCUGAUGCCCCACCAAAGCGCGGCCGAGGACGUCCAAGGAAGGACCCGAAUUCGUUACCUGAACCAAAGAAGCCAAAGCCAGCUGCGGGUCCCCCGGCUGUUUCAAAGACUGGAAGGCCAAGGGGCAGGCCGAGAAAGGUGCUGCAGCAGCCUGCACCAAAUGGCUUGGAAGUUGUAGUAGUUGCAUGUAAUUCGAGGAAGAGCUUAUUUAAUGCUUGUCUUGACAUUAAGAGUUCUGAUGCUAAUCUUGGAUUUGUUUGCGGCCCCUUAUUCUGUGGGUUAAUUUGGAAAUUAUAUAGAUCGAAUUGGAUAUGGGGUUUCUGGACCCUCUGCAAAUCUGUUACACCUGACAUUACUUAUUACUGCAACAGUAUGCUGCUGGAUGAUGUGGGCAAUAGUGUAUCUAGCACAGAUGAAACCGCUUAUUGUUCCAAUCUUGAAUGA